AUGAAAUAUUCAAAAAGAGAUCACUGCAACAAGACUGUGGAGGUGUAUGAAGAUGUGUCGUCUCCACCGGUGUCUGCAGACAACUUUGGGCGACCGCUCACUUGCACAUACAGAUUUCGAGCUUUUCGAGGUUCACCAAAGGAUUGGAUAUUGAGAAUAAGAUUUAAAAAGUUCAAGGUCGGCAACCUCAUUAAUGGAACCACUUGUCAUAAAGGAUACAUGCAGAUAGUUGAUGGUAAUGCAAAAACGGACGUGUCCAACAGAAAGGAACCAGGCCUGUUUUGUGGAGAAAUUGAACAACCGCAGACCUUUAUAUCGGAGACUAACUUUGUCAAAAUCGUUUUCCACGCUGACAACUUCACAGAUCAAACGUAUUUCAGUUUUGAUUCGAGAGCGGAGCAGCAAUUUGAGGUUUAUCUUCGUUACGGGCAGCAUCCCGAACUGUAUCCAAAUAGACGAGGUGAAGUUGUUGCCGGGUCAUAUUGUGAACGAGUUUUUCGAGAUUGUCGUCUCCAGACAUGCUACGUGCAAUCCGCGGCGUAUCCCGGCGUGUAUCCCAGAAAUCUACAUUGCAGGUACCACUUGAAUACUCGUCUACCGUACAUAAAAUUGUAUAUUGAAAAUGAGGAAUUCAACAUAGACGGACAGCGAUGCGAGAAUAUAAUGACGUGUCCCAUGAGGCCGAUUACUUCAGGUUCAGAGAAUUGCCCGUACGAUUAUAUCAAGAUUUACGACGGUAAAGACGAAUCAGCAUCGGUGAUCGGAACUUUCUGCGGAAUGGGAAAGUUCCCCUACUCCAUUAUCGGCACAUCCCAGGAUCUAUUCGUGGAAUUUGUUAGCUCUCCUGCAGGUCCUCUCCUAAACACUGGAUUUCAUUUCAACGUCGGGAACUGGCCAGGUCAUGUAGAAGCUCCUGGAUCUAAGAUAGGAAGCUGCGAUUGGCUUCUUACAGCCGAAUCCUUAAAGAAAUCUGGUGAUACGGAAGGAAUAUUUCUCUCAGUCGCCCACUGGUAUCCUCCUCAUACAUCUUGCACUUAUCUCAUGCAAGGCUUCCCCGGACAAGUAGUUAGACUUUAUUUUCCAAGCUUCCGGAUUAAUCGUAUAGAAUCACCAAUAGUACCAUGGACCGGGGACUGCGGAGAAUCCCUUACUCUAUAUGACGCUCCCAGACCUGAUGACGCGAAGAUUAUCAAAACAUUCUGCGACACCUUUAGCAGGCCAAUGGAGAAACAUGAUUUCGUAUCUACCGGCAACGCAAUGUUUGUGAGAUUUGAAAGUAAAACUGGAAGUUAUAGUGGGUCAUCUCUCUACUAUUGGGCGCAUUACGACUUCUUUAACAACACACGUUUUGGAGAGCCUGUUCAAGGUACAGCAUGUGAUGAGGUCAUAGCUUCUUGGAAACAAAGAGCUGGCAGAAUCAGAUCACCUCUUAAUACUUUAGUGUAUAAACAGGCCCCACCUGGCGAAGAUGUUCAUUGUUUAUAUAGAUUUGUGACUGACAAGAGAAUUUACGCUCGGGUUAUACUAACUAUACUCAGCGUUAAUUUCAAGGAACAUCCGUAUACACCUGUUUCAUGUCAAAACUGUUAUGAAGAUAGGGCAGACAAGCUUAUUAUUUGGGAGCCAUUUCCAGCUGGUAAAAGUGCAAACACAACAAUGGGCGUUACCACAACACCGUUACCAUUACAUUUAGCUGUACAAAGAUCAAUCGGAUCUUGCUUAUGUGCAAAACAUGCAAAUUCUGUUUCACGGGUUAGACCAUACAGAAUAGUAUCAUCAGGAGAGACAUUAAACCUUCAAUUAAUAGUUGAUAAUGCCCAUGCAGCUGCUUCUUAUUUCAAGAAUCCUUCACCACUUUUUGAAGCAAGAUAUGAAUUUGUUCACGGACCUUUGUGCGGUCCACCAGUAUUGGCUGCAGCAUCAGAUGGAGAGAUUGUAUAUCCGCACUUAGAAGCUUUAGGUUAUACGGAACCUCCAAAAAGAAUUCAAUGCAUUUGGGAUCUAGAAAUAGAAGAAAAAAGAGAUAUAUGGCUGCACUUUGAUAGUAUUAAAUUUGCAUCACGUCAUUGCGAUGAUGGAAAUAUACAAAUAUAUUUACCAGGUCGAGUGGAGUCUUACUUAUCAAUUUGUGGAGAAAAUGUAUCUUUGGCUCGUGAAUUGCCAAUUUUGUCAGCCGGUGAACUAGGAUUUGAAUCAUUAGAUGAUCCAUUGGUGAUGGAAAAAGAAAAAACGAGAUCCAUUAGAAUUGUUUUUAUUGGUAGUGCGUCACCAGCUCGUGCAUCGUUUAAAAUUGCUUGGACAGGACUGUUCCACUUGCCCAAAAAUUCUGAUGGAACACUUAUGACAUCACGUUUGACAGAAGGUGGAUCUCUUAACCCUGAUUCAGGACACGGGUGUGACUUUAUCUGUCCUGGAGAUGAAGCGCUUUGCAUUCCAGCCCGACUUAUUUGUAAUGGCGUGGUUAAUUGUCCUAAUGUAACUUCUACAGAGAAAAAGUAUUGGACUGCUGAAGAAAAGCGUGCAAGAGAAGCUUAUGCUGAAGAUAGCUUACGGCGUCUAGGUUACUUGGAUGUACUAAAUGGAAUAUCUUUAGGGAAACUCAGUGAUGAGGCACCAGAAUUAUGUGCGGGUGCUAGAAGCGCAGGUGAAAGUGAUUGGCUAGCUCCUGUUUUAGGAGCAGUGCUUGCAUUUGCUAUUGGUGUAUGUGCUUUAGGCGCGGCUUGGCGUUUAUGUUGCCGCAAGCGAUCACCUGAUGAAGAGUCUCUGGAUUACUGA